CACAAAGGACAGAAUUUUACGCAAAUGAAUGAUGCAAAAUUGGAGCGUUUAAGAGGACGUUACGAGUAUGUUCGCGCUGCCGUGAAUAGUCGAAGCGUUGAAGUGCCUAGAGAGACAACGGAUUCGUGA